AUGUCUGCCAACGGCGAUAACAAGUACGACGACAUCGAGUCGGAGUCCGACUCUGGCGAGUCCGUCGAGGAGCAGACCGAGCUCAACGAGGAGAAGACUCUCAAGCCCGCCCUCAAGAAGUCCUCCAACCCCGUCACCGCCGACAUCACAGUUCAGCGUCCUGUUCUGCCCCCGCAAACCGAUCCCAAAGACCUCGACGUCAAGACCCUCAGCCCCCUCACCCCCGAGAUUAUCGCUCGCCAAGCAACAAUCAACAUCGGUACCAUCGGCCAUGUCGCCCACGGAAAGUCUACCGUCGUCAAGGCUAUCUCCGGCGUUCAGACCGUCCGUUUCAAGAACGAACUGAUCCGUAACAUUACCAUCAAGCUUGGUUACGCCAACGCGAAGAUCUACCAGUGCGACAACCAGGAGUGCCCUCGGCCAGGAUGCUUCAGGAGUUACAAGAGUGAGAAGGAGGUCGACCCCCCUUGCGAGCGCGAGGGCUGCAGCGGUACCUACAGAUUAUUGCGCCACGUUUCCUUCGUCGACUGCCCCGGUCACGACAUUCUCAUGAGCACCAUGCUGUCAGGUGCCGCCGUCAUGGACGCCGCCCUGCUGCUCAUUGCUGGCAACGAAACCUGCCCCCAGCCCCAGACCUCUGAGCACUUGGCUGCUAUUGAGAUUAUGAAGCUGGACAAGAUCAUUAUCCUCCAGAACAAGGUCGAUCUUAUGCGCGAGGAGGCCGCUCAGCAACACUACCAGUCCAUCCUGAAGUUCAUCAGAGGUACCGUUGCCGGAAAGUCUCCCGUUAUCCCCAUCUCUGCCCAGCUCAAGUUCAACAUCGACGCUGUCAACGAGGCCAUCGUCAACACCAUCCCCGUGCCCCCUCGUGACUUCACCCAGGACCCCCACAUGAUCGUCAUUCGAUCCUUCGACGUCAACAAGCCCGGUGCCGAAAUUGACGACCUCAAGGGAGGUGUCGCUGGUGGCUCUAUUCUGCACGGUGUCCUCAAGCUCGGUGACGAGAUUGAGAUCCGUCCCGGUAUUGUCACGAGAGACGACAAGGGUGCCCUCAAGUGCACUCCCAUCUUCAGCAGAAUCGUCUCCCUCAACUCCGAGUUCAACGACCUCAAGUACGCCGUCCCCGGUGGUCUCAUCGGUGUCGGUACCCGCAUCGACCCCACCCUCUGCAGAGCCGAUCGUCUCGUCGGUUUCGUCCUGGGUCUCAAGGGACGCCUGCCCGAGAUCUACAGCGAGAUCGAGGUCAACUUCUACCUCCUGCGCCGUCUCCUCGGUGUCCGCACCGCCGACGGCAAGCAGGCCAAGGUCGCCAAGCUCACCAAGAACGAGGUCAUCAUGGUCAACAUUGGUUCCACGUCCACCGGUGCCAAGGUUGCCGCCAUCAAGAACGAUGCCGCCAAGCUCGUCCUCACCUCCCCUGCCUGCACAAACAUUGGCGAGAAGGUCGCCCUGUCCCGUCGUAUUGAGAAGCAUUGGCGUCUGAUUGGUUGGGCCACCAUCGCUGCCGGUGUCACCCUCGAGCCCAGCUCGUCUUAA